GACCCCUCAAUAGGGCGGUAGCAAAGCAGUUGUAGUCUUUCGGGACACGUUCGGAUGAAGGUAAACGGCGGUGAGAACUACAACACCCAAACAACCCUGCUGCGGCAAACAGUGACGAGACUCUGCUGCUUAUCCGGGGAUGUCACACUGCUGCUAUUUUUCUCCUUCCCAGUCCCUCUCGCUUUCAGCGCACACUUCUUUUGGCGUGAAACGGAGAUUAAAGACACCCAAAAACGAGCGGAAAAAUGGCAGAGCUUGCCGCAGGGAGCCUGUCGUUGGGGGAUCCUGCUUUUAACUACCAGGAACACGAGCUGAACGAGCGACUCAAGCGGCUUUACCCGGCCGUGAACGAGGAAGAGACCCCUUUACCUCGGUCCUGGAGCCCCAAGGAUAAAUACAGCUACAUCGGGCUGUCACAGAACAACCUGAGGGUCCAUUACAAAGGGCAUGGAAAAAAUCACAAGGAUGCCGCAUCAGUACGAGCCACACAUCCAAUUCCUGCUGCCUGCGGGAUCUACUAUUUUGAAGUCAAAAUUGUCAGUAAAGGUCGAGAUGGCUACAUGGGAAUCGGCUUGUCUGCUCAGGGGGUCAACAUGAACAGACUUCCUGGUUGGGACAAGCACUCAUAUGGUUACCAUGGAGAUGACGGCCACUCCUUCUGCUCCUCUGGGACUGGCCAACCUUAUGGCCCAACUUUCACCACUGGUGAUGUGAUUGGCUGUUGCGUAAACCUCAUCAACAACACUUGCUUUUACACCAAAAAUGGCAUCAGUUUAGGUGUGGCUUUCACAGACCUUCCGCCCAAUCUGUAUCCCACUGUGGGACUUCAAACUCCUGGUGAGAUUGUUGAUGCAAACUUUGGACAGCAGCCGUUUGUCUUUGACAUUGAGGACUACAUGAGUGAAUGGCGAGCUAAGAUCCAUGGUAUGAUCGCUCGCUUUCCAAUAGGAGAACGAUUGGGUGACUGGCAAGCUGUCCUGCAAAAUAUGGUGUCCAGCUACCUAGUCCACCACGGAUAUUAUUCCACUGCCACAGCUUUUGCCAGAGCCACCGAGACCAUGAUACAAGAAGACCAGACAUCUAUAAAGAACAGACAGAGAAUACAGAAACUGGUGCUGGAAGGACGUGUGGGUGAAGCCAUCGAAGCCACUCAGCAACUUUAUCCUGGCCUGUUAGAACACAACCCAAACCUUCUAUUUAUGUUGAAGUGUCGUCAGUUUGUGGAAAUGGUGAACGGUACAGACAGUGAGGUUCGCUGCUUGACCAUUCGCUCUCCCAAGUCCCAGGGCAGUUACCCUGCCUCACCCAAUCUUAGCCCUCGCCAAGGUGCUGGAAAUUCACACUCGCACACUGGAGGUGUAGACAGCCCAACCUGCAGUAACGGGGUGACUCCCACCAAAAAAUCAAAGAGCCACAGCAGUGUUAUUAGCAGCAUCGUCAAAUACCCCAGCACAUCCUCCUCAGCCUCCUCGUCAACUUCCUCCUCACCUUCAUCCAUCAACUACUCAGAGUCUAAUUCCUCUGACUCUACCAAGAGCCAGCCACACAGUGCCAAUAGCAACCAAGAAACCAGUGACAGUGAGAUGGAAAUAGAAGCAGAACACUACACUAAUGGGAUUGUUGAGGUCUCGUCUGCUCGGAUCAUGAACGGCACAUAUAAACAUGAAGAGAUCCUUCAGCCUGACGACAACAGCAUUGGCAAUGGAGUUACGGAAGAUGAGGGAUAUAGAACUAGCAGACAACUUUGUGGAGGGAACCAGGCAGCCACAGAGAGGAUGAUACAAUUUGGGCGGGAGCUGCAGGCACUGAAUGAAAAGCUGUGUCGCGAAUAUGGCAAGAACACCACACACAAGAAGAUGUUGCAGGAUGCAUUCAGUCUGUUAGCGUACUCUGAUCCAUGGAACUGCCCCGUGGGCCAGCAGUUGGACCCCACGCAGAGAGAGUCACUGUGCUCUGCACUCAACAGCGCCAUUCUGGAGUCCCAAAAUCUGCCCAAGCAGCCUCCUCUUGUGUUAGCACUGGGUCAGGCUACCGAGUGCGUACAGCUUAUGGCUCGGGUCCGAUCUGGUUCCUGCUCCUUUGCCAGAGUAGACAACUUUUUGCUCUAGCCCUUAUGUUGGUUUCUAUUCAGUGCACUGAGAGGGCGUGUCCAGCAGGUUGUCAUGGCUACGGAGAAAAAAAGCAUGCGUGUGAUUGGUGUGUUUGGUUGACUAUCAGAAGCGCAGCCGGUGGCCCUGACAAAAGAGCGGCGAGAAGGAGAGUAGAAAAGAAAGCUUCCUUUUUAAUUUAGUAUUAUCAAAUAAACGUGUGACACUAUUUAAAGAUGAUUAAUUACAUUUUUUGUUUAUUUAGACAUUUUAGGUUUUUUUGUCACUUUGUUGUGCUCAUAUCUGACAAAGUUAUUCAUCAUCCCCUUUUUUUCAUUGGUGGAUUUUUGCUCCCUUAAGAAAUAUUUCACUUAUUUUAAUUUCCACCAUAUCCUGCUCCACAAUGCUUACAACUUAUUCUAACACCUGUAGAUCCCCAUUACUAAGAUACAAGUUCCUGAAAUAUACAUAUGGGAGUGUAUCCAUGUUGCACUGUUAAACCAAACAAAGACAAGCACUAUGCUAACCCAGUGUGAUUAAGGUCAAAGGAUACAGAAGCAAAAUUCUGCCACUAACACCAUUUUCUACUAAUUUUUCCAAACGACAGUGUUGCUUAAAGCCAAUCAUGACGUAUUGGGUGUCUGUUUUGUGAACCCUACUCGUCAAUCAAAUGCAUCCUGUCUAUUCUGCAGUGUGUGGUAGUAAGUAGAAAUAAUAAGGGGAUUAAUUGCUUUAAUGAGUAAAUGGCAACUGAAUCCAUGCAUGGAUAGAAAUAAUGUUUCUAAUUACUAGGUCCAGUCAUAAAAGGUGACAUGUAUGAGACCACUAUUGAGUGAAUUAUAUCAAUUGUAAUGCAAAAAUAUAGCCUAAACCUGAAAUUUGUGACUUGUAAUAUAGUCACAUGACUGGAGGAUUUAUUAUGCUGAAAGAACAUUUAGUUUUUUACCAGUUUCUGCCAUAACUAUACUUUUGUAUGGUAUGGAGAAUGGCUCGUAGGGUACUGUACAUUUCGGUAAUCUUACUAGUGAACACCACUUUCCCUCGAGAGACAUAGAUCAAGUCACACUUGCCAGCAAAAAGUAACUUAGAUGACUGGAUACAGUUAUAAAAAUAUAUUUUUUAAAUAAUAAAAAAUAUAAAAUUAUGAAAACAAAGACAAUCUUAGUGGUAAUCUAUUUUUUCCCCCAAAUAGUUUGAAUUAAACAUAUGUCUGCAUUAACAAUGGCUUGAUGUAUCUAUUUUUUCACCCUGACAUGUGACACAUGGAUCCACUCCAAAGUAUACUUCCACUCAUUCAAUAUUUACAGGAGAUACAUUUAUGGGUUUCAUCACAGAAUAUGUACUCAAGUAUUUUUCAUUUGAAACUUAAUCGUCUCUUCUAAUAGUCAAAUAAUUACCACGAGCAAACAGGCUUUUUAGUUGUUACUCAAGCAGAACCUUCCAUUUCAUCCCUAAAGUGAGCAAACUCCUUGCUAUUGUGGUUGUUUGAGUACGAGUCUGCUUUGAUCCCUGCAUAGACAUGACCACUGGUCUGCUCACUGACUCGUUGGGGUCAAAAAGAGAUUUUUCUAGAAGGUCCAAGGCCUCACAGAGGCAUUGCACACCAAAGCAGUGCACAACCAAUCUCCUAUUGUGGUUUUUGAUUUCAUAUUUAGUUUUAGCACAAACAGUAGUAAGGUUUUUUUUUUGAAUUUUUAUUUUAAUAGUUACUGUUACUACUUAGCAUGACUUUGAAAAAUCUCCUAUAAAAUAAAAAACAUAAU